AUGGCAUUAAUUCCCAUCUCAGCCUUGCUUCUAGGCCUCGCGGCUUCGGCUUUGGGUUUGAGCUUCAAUGUUCCGAUAUCCCCGCCUUCAAAUUCUAGUAAGCAGCUCUCUGCAGCUCCAGUGGGUGUAUCUCUGGAGUUCUUUGCGUUCCCUGAGUACAUUCAAGAUGUCGAAUCAACGAUGACAUGUCUGCAGAACCUCAAGGAUCUGACAGGAACAUGGCCUCCUAUGCGGAUCGGAGGCACAACACAGGACCGCGCGAUAUACAAUAGCUCAUCAACGGAGGCUGUCACUUAUACAGUGGCCAGCACAGGUGCUGCGCCCGAGACUCUGACUUACGGACCGUCCUUCAUCUCUUUGACUGCAGGCUAUGCCGGAGAAGUCAUAAUUGGAUUGAAUCGUCGUUUGGACGAUAUCUUGAACACAAUUUCGGCCGCGCUUCUCGCCCAGAUUUUCGUUGACAGCGAUCCUAUUGCCAAUGGUGCAUCCUGGACAGCUGCAGCUGAUGAAUCAUCCCAAGUCAGCUGGCAAGAUGCGGUGUGCGGAAACCUCUCUGCAACUGAUAUCAUCUCAGCAGGUGUCUACUUUGGCACUUCGCCCAUGAGCCUCGCUAGCCUUACCGCGAAAGAAGGUAGUGCGAAUGACUAUGUGAAGGAUUAUUGCUCUCACAACUAUCCACAGUCAUCUGGCUCCUACGACCUGGCUACUCUUAUGGGCCACAACAGUAUCGCCACCCAGACCAAGCCUUAUGCUGCUGAAGUUUCGGCGGCUUCUGGAAAAGGCAAGCCGCAUAUCUUCGGCGAGACUAAUUCAGCAACCCAAGGCGGUGGUGGUAUCAGCCCAACUUUUGGUGCUGCACUCUGGAUUUUGGACUACGUGAUGCAGACCGUCCUCAUGGGCACAAAUGCUCUCUACUUCCACCAGGGUACCGUUGGAAACUGCCAAUACUGCUGGUGGGGCCGCUACGACAUAGGAUCCCCUUACUACGGUGCUUACUUCGCCAGCAUGGUGCUCGCCAACGCCGACCAGAUUGCGCCUCUGGAUAGCCAAGAUACAGCAUAUGCAGCCUACGCCAUCUACAAGGCUGGCGUUCCUAUUCGGGUUCUUCUCUAUAAUUCUGACUACUAUAUAUCUACCAGCGGAACGCGCUCGUCGCAAGUAUACACACUGUCUGGGCUUUUGUCCUCCAGCGUUACUGCUAAACGGCCGACUGCCCCCUAUGCCACGUCUCGGGUCGAUCAGGGUCAGAACCCGACCGUUGCGGGCCAGACAUUUGCCAACGGCACUUGCAUUAUCCAGGGUACAGAGAGCAUAGAGACAGUCGCUGUCUGGCGGGAAAGCAACCUUCACUGUUGCAGCUUCGGAAGCUCUUCUGGUCUACCUGUAAUUACUCGGUAUUAG